AUGCAUCGUACUCUUUGCCACUUUAGCUCUACAGAGUUCUAUGAUGGCAGAUUGGAUACUGCAGUCGCGGACGACAGUCGACCACUUCCAAUUUCACGGUUUCCUUGGCCGAAAGACAACCGGCUGGUGUGGAUUGAGAUUAACAGCCCGGAAGACUUGGGUACUAGCUCAAAGCCUGCAGAACUUCAGCAACGAUCAUUAGCUAUCUUGACUCCAUAUACUCGGCAGAAGGAAGUACUGAGCAGUACCCUUCCUAUGGCCGAAGUAUCUUCUGUUGAUGGUUUCCAAGGCCGAGAAGCAGAUGUUGUGAUCUUUGUUACUGUGCGGUGCAAUUUAUCACGCGAUAUCGGUUUUCUAGCCGAUAUGCGCCGGCUCAAUGUUGUUAUGACUAGGGCAAAGUGUGGUGUCGUGAUUAUUGGCAACAAGGAAACGCUUACAGGAGGUAUAGAAGUGGGAGACGAGCAGGAAGAGAGUAGGAAGGUUUGGCAGCGGUUGGUCAAGAGGUGCCAAAUGGUUCAGGUUUAG